AACAACAGCAACAACAACAACAACUAAAUCAUCACCAAUGGUAAGUCAUGCCUGAAUUUUAAACAUGUGAAAAAUAAACAAAAAUAUAGGUGAUUCAUAACAAAAGUAUCAAUAUUCCUGUCAAUGAUGAUGAUAUAGAUGACUUGGUCUAUAGUUCAUCCCUUCCUCUCUUUGGUCCAUCUUCUUCUACUUCUUCUCCUACAGCAGCAACUCAUAUGGGCAGUGUCAGUUUUGAAGAUAUGUUGGGCAUGUACUGUAAUCCAACACAUCCUUCUUCUCUAGAAGAAGACACCAAACCAAGUCAGACACAAUGUUCCAACUGUUCAACAAAAACAACACCCCUCUGGAGAAGAGAUCCCUUAGGCAAUCCACUCUGUAAUGCAUGUGGCCUCUUUUUAAAGUUACAUGGUGUGGUUCGACCCUUAAGUCUCAAGACAGAUGUGAUAAAGAAAAGAAACAGAAAUGCUACAUCAGCCACACACACUAAAAAAGAACAACCUUUACUCUCCAGUUCAUUACCCAAUACUAUCUCAAGUCGUAUUCAAGCUACCCCUUCUAAACCCUCACAAACCAUUCAAAAGCGACAACGAAAGAGUAUUCAAAAACAACAACAACAACAACAACAACAACAACAACAAAUGAUGAUGUCUACUUCUUUACCCAAUCAACCCUCAUUUCAUUCUUUACCAACUUCUUCUUCGUAUAUGAACUUCAUACCUUCUGUUAAUAAUGCUUCUCCUCCCGGCCUUGUACAUUCUUCCUCUAGUUCGUCUUUAGCUAGUUUAGGACAACCUGAUGUGUAUUCUUUAUUAGAAAAUUAUGGUGUCCAAUUGAACAGUUUGCCACCUGAAUUACUUCCAUUGAUUGCUUCUGCAGCAAACUACCAAGCCAUGAUGGCAAACAACAAAAUAGAUAGUUAUCCAUCUUCACAAGAUAACCCUUUUUUCUUUCAAUAAAAAUUUAUUGUUGAUUGAACACAUGAUGUUGUAUUCUUUCUACUCUCUCACUUGUCUUUUGCAUCAGUUUAGUCGAGACUAAAAGUCUUUCUUUGGCAUCUUGGAGUUUUUCUAGACCAGACUGAAGUUGAGGUGGUUCUGCAAUAUCGGUAAAGAGUUCUAACUCUACAUAGUUUUAUCAAUCGAGUGCGAUGGCGUGCAUGGAUUACCUGCAAUCAGUCUUUCAAUUUCUUUGCCAAGGUCUUGUUGACUCUGUUGAACAGAGACCAUAGCCUUGUCUAUCUCAGUGACAGUGGGUCCCAAGAUGGAACUAAAGUCUUGUGCCAUAAAGAAAAAAAAAAAAAAAA